AUGGCGGCUUUGAACGAAAACACAGAGAUUCCUCUGCCCCCUGUACCGGACGUCAAUCCCAAAAUGCCAUGGAUACAGCUGGGGGAAUUCGAGUCAGCAUCCUCCAAGACGCCGCCGCCACAAGCCUAUUCGCCGCAUAUGACCGGCGGCGCCGGAAUGCUCGCUCUGGCUUCAGCUCGCGCCUUACUGGAACAUGGCCUCUCUGGUCUUGCGCUGUUUGACCUACCCAGUGCAAUUGAAAAGGGCAAGAACAAGAUUCAAGCGCUACGGACCGAUUUCCCGUUAAGCAAAAUCAUCACUCAAGCUUGCGACGUGACCGAUGAAAAGGGCAUGAUAGCAGCAACUCAAACCGCCAAAGAGCAACUGGGUGGUGACCUUAACAUCCUUUGCUGCUUUGCCGGAAUGGUUGGCUGUGUUCCAUCAGCAGAGCAAUCCGUGGACCAUUGGAGAAAAAUAAUUGACGUUAAUACAACGGGAUGUUGGAUUGCAGCCCAGGCAGUUGGACGUCUGGCAGCCGAGUGGACGCGCUACGGGAUCUAUGUAAACACAAUAUCGCCAGGGUAUAUGGAUACCGUGCUUAAUCAUGGCGAUGACUUGGCUUCAUGGAGGCGAAUAUGGGCGGAGCGCAACCCAAUGCGUCGUAUGGGUUCGCCGGAAGAGCUGACAGGGCCCGUUGUCCUACUGUGCAGCGACAUUGGCGGGAGUUAUGUGAAUGGAGCCGAUAUUGUGGUUGAUGGCGGCGGUCUGGUUUUCUAG